AGUACAUUGGAGAAAGAUUACGAUAGAAACAGUUCGGACAGCAAGUAAUGAAAGUACACACCUCCAGUUUCAUAGCGACUUUUUGAUGCUAAAAAAUUGAAGCAAACCGUUAUCUGAAGAGGACAUAGCGACGCCUUUCUCCGGAAAAAUGUGAAUAUGGCUUAUACCGAGAAAGUAUAAUGUUAUAAACUGCUCAUUAAGUUAGCUCGCUGCUAGCCAGAUCAAGAAGAAACCGGCAAUGACUGUCAACACUUUCUAUGGAUACGCAUCUAUUAAUGUGGGAUUUUAGGGAGCUGCCAAAGCACAGGUUCAUCUUUGAAAAGUUUCAGUCCUCCUACCAGCUGUCAUGGACAACGUGAAAUCACGCAGCAAUGAUGAGGAUGAAGAGCUGCAGUCCACAGAUCCAGAGAGUAAAGAGAAGAGCAAAGAUAAAAAGACACUGUGCAAAGUAAAGUGGUCACGAGAUGAGGAUGAAAAGCUGAAAAAGCUUGUUGAGCAGCAUGGAACAGACUCCUGGAAAUUAAUAUCUACCCUUUUCCCAGGGAGGACAGAUGGUCAGUGUCAGCACCGCUGGCAGAAGGUGCUCAACCCAGAGCUAGUGAAAGGGCCAUGGACAAAAGAGGAGGAUCAAAAGGUUAUUGACCUUGUACAUAAAUAUGGCCCCAAGCGCUGGUCAGUUAUAGCGAAGCACCUCCAGGGAAGGAUUGGAAAGCAGUGCCGUGAACGGUGGCACAACCACCUCAACCCAGAAGUUAAGAAGUCUUCAUGGACUCAGGAAGAGGAUCGAAUCAUCUAUGAAGCCCACAAACGCCUUGGCAACCGCUGGGCAGAAAUCUCUAAGCUUCUUCCUGGACGGACAGACAACUCCAUCAAGAACCAUUGGAAUUCCACCAUGAAGAGAAAAGUAGAGCAUGAGGGGUACCUGCAAGAUGGGUGCAAGACUUCCUCUGGUAGCGUGAAGAGACGCCACAACAGACAGUGUCCUCCAACUCCAGCAGAGCCCCAGCACUGUGACCACAGUCCUGUCCCUAUGACAGGAUCAAACCAGAUGGGUGGUUUUCCAUUUGAUCCUCACGGUGGACACAUGAUGGACAGUCUUCCGGAAAAUUCAAGCUUCAUAUCACCAUCCUGCCUGGAUGAUCCUGACAGAGAGCAAAGAAUUAAGGAGCUUGAGCUACUGCUUAUGUCAGCAGAAAAUGAAGUCCAACAACAAGUGCAGUGCAGAGGUUCAUGUAGUUUGGAGCAGUACACAGCAUGGCCAGACAGUGUGUCAGAUGACACACUUACCACAAGCAGCAGUAGCCUGGAUGAGCAAGCGGAAAGCAGACCCUGGAAGGGCCCUGAAAUCCCACAGGGUGCUCCAGGACAGCUUCCUGUCUCACCCAGCAAGUUCCUGGCUGUAGAGGCCAGCACUGUGCUGUCCACCCUGCAGACCAUACCAGAGUUUGCAGAGACCAUGGAGCUCAUUGAUUCAAUGUGUUUUGCUCUGCAGGACCCUGUUGCAUGGAACGAAGUGGCCAGUUUUGAUUUGUCAGAGACAGCGACACCGCCCAGGCACAACCAGGCAGGCUAUAGCACUCUGUUGCAAGAGCGGACCAUUUAUGAUUCAGUGAAUUACCCAGUCAACCCUUCCACUACCACCUUAAGCCAAGACAGGAACUGUGCUCCAUUUGGUGUGGGAGGUCUUACCUCCCUGACUCCCAUUAACUCAUCCAAACCCACCCAGGUUUCCACUGGCAGGAAGAGAAGAAGAGAGAGGGGGGAACCAUCUCCUUUGUGCGACAAGACUUGCUCCUCCUUCUUGGAAAAUAUUUCAAAUUCUCCCAAGAAAACCCCUAUAAAGACACUGCCAUUUACCCCGUCACGAUUCUGCAACAUAUCAGGGCCAGAGCAUCUAAAUCUGGAAAACCCCGCCCUCACCUCAACUCCUGUGUGUGGUCAAAGGUGUCUGCUCAACACACCCCUUCAAAAAGAUAUCAUACCUAAGCACCAGAAAGAGAAUGAUGGUUCCAGGACUCCUAAACUCAGCAAAACAGUCAUGAUUCCAACCCCGAGGACACCAACUCCUUUCAAAAAUGCUUUGGCUGCCCAGGAGAAAAUGCACGGUCCACUAAAGAUGGAGCCACAGCCUUUAGCAUUUCUCGAAGAAGACAUUCGAGAAGUUCUGAAGCAGGAGAUCGGAACAGACAUCUUCAACAGAGCAGACAUACAGCCAGACUACAGAGCGUGGAAACAUAAUAUGGAUGGCCCAGCUAGAAAAGUGCGCAAGUCUCUUGUCCUCGACCUUUGGGGCAAAGACAGCGUUAAUACCCAACUCUUCCAAGAGCAGCUUGGCGAUGCACAGGUGUCAGAUGAAGGUCUACUAACAAGCUCUUCACUGGUUUCUCCGAUCCCUGAGAGAGACGAGUGUGGCAAUUCUGUGACUUCUGGGAAAGAUGAGCCCUCAUUAGGAGUCUCCGUUCAUACUCAACACUUUACUAACCCCCGGAUGAAGAAGCUUCCGUCCUCUAACAAAGCACCAAAACACAACGCUGCACAGGUGAGUGAGUGGGAAGCAGUGGUUUAUGGAAAGACAGAAGACCAGCUGAUCAUGACAGAACAGGCGCGUCAGUACCUGAGUCCCUACCCACCGUCCGGCUCCGUCUCAAGAGCCCUUGUGCUUUAAAGCCCCCCCCACUACACAGGCAGCACUACAUCUGUCCAACAACUAAAACCUCCACUGAAUCCUGUAAGAGACAAUCCAGUGAAGACAAACGAUUUUUAUUUUUCUUUUGAAGCAGAAAUGCACUGCCAGUGACGUCCACACGGAGGCUUUUGUUUUCAACACAUUCUGAGGUAACUGCCCAAGGUGUUCACAUACCAGCUUCAUGAGUGGUUUUGUACACAUUCAUAAAGGCUUUUCUUUAAUCAACCUGCACAUACGAUAGGCUGCAGAAAUAGUGUGUAUCAGCAGCGGCUACUUCUGAGUUGUAUAUUGUUAAUAUAUUUUAAAGACAAGAAAGUCAUUAUAAGAUGUAGCGCUACUCAUUGUUUAUCUCCUCCUGCCUGUUUUACUAAACUGCCCUGUUGCUGUUAGCAGAUAAAAAAACACUUUUUACUGACACCCAUGUACACUGAAAUCACACCAUGGGUUUUAAACUGACACAGUACAGACGACAUUCACCAGACAUUUCAUUGGGUAUACCUGCUUGACUGCUCAUUAACAUAGUAUCUUUUCAGCCAGUCAUAUGGCAGCAACUCAGUGCAUUUAGGCACGUAGACAUGGUCAAAAUGACCUGCUGAAGUUCAAACUGAGCAUCAGAAUCAGAAGAAAGGUGAUGGUUGUUAAUGGUUGUUAAUGCUAGAUGGGCUGGUCUGAGUAUUUUUGAAAGUGCUGAUCUACUGAUAUUUUCCCACACAAUCAUCUCUAGGGUUUACAGAGAAUGGUCCCAGAAAAGAGAAAAUCUGUCUGGGAGAAAAUGCCUUGUUGGUGUCAGAGAUCAGAGGAGAAUGGCUAGACUGCUUUGAGCUGAUAGGAGGGCAAUGGCACACUUUGAACCCCUUAGUACCAAAUUGAGCAUCGCUUAAAUGCUACAGUCUACCUGGGACCAGGUCCAUCCCUUAUGACCACAGUGUACCCAUUUUCUGAUGGAUGCUUCCAGCAGGAAAACGCACCAUCCCACAAAUUUCAGAUAAUCUCAAACUGGUUUCUUGACCGUGACAAUUAGUUUACUGUAAUCAAAUGGUCUCCACAACCACCAGACCUCCUUUGGGAUGUGGUGGAAUGGGAGAUUCACAUCAUGAAUGUACAACCAACAAAUCUGCAGCAACUAUGUGAUGCUAUAAUAUCAAUAUGGACUAAAAUCUGUGAGGAAUGUUUCCAGCACCUUGUUGAAUCUGUGCCACGAACAGAUUAAGGCAGUUCUGAAAGCAAAAGCGGGUCCAAUCUGGUAUUAGGAAGGUGUACCUAAAAAAGUGUCUGGUGAGUGUAUAAUGUUACUAUUGAUUUUUAAAUGAGAAAAAAAUGCACUUAUGUGUUUUUUGUGACAGCAGUGUUAUGUUAAGGAGGAUGCCAGUCCAAGUCCAUGUGAAUUUUUGAGGAUGGAGAUAGGAAGCUGUCAGUAUUGCACUAUUGAGUUGACUUUGCUGCUGAGAAAGGAGCAGUAUUUUCAAGGGCAAACUGGAUAGCAUGAUGGUAUUUUUUUUUUUAUUAUUAUCUUUUAUUCAGCAUUUCCUUUCCAAGGCCAUAGAGUCGGUGGAGACAUCGGUUGAAUGUAUUUCAUUGCAAUGUACAUGUGAAAGAACCUCAAAAACGGAAGGGUACCUUAAUGUUUAUUUUUUGUUUGUUUUAUUUAUUAUCUGACAGCUAUAAGGCUUAGAUAUUAAUAUAAAUCGGACACCAUAAGUUUUCAAGAAGUUUAACUUUGCUGCCAAAACAGCCUAAAAUCUCUCACUUGCUCUAAAGCAGAUCUCUAUUAGGCGAUGAAUGGCCACCAUUACUUUGGUCAGACGUUCAUAUCAUUAGUGUUCAGCAACAAGCAUUUGGUUGAGAAGGAUUUAGGUUUCAUGUGAGGGCUGUAGGUUCUAUUUAUUUAAUGUCUACUAAUUUAUUUAUUUCUAAAAGAAAAACAUUUAAGAGAAGAAUUAUUGAAGAAUUAUAUUGUCUUUUUCUUUCAAAAUUAGGAUUGGGCAACCAUUCAGUUUCAUUUCUCCAAGGUAGAAGAACAAGCACUGCUACUGAUUUAAUCUUAAUUUCUUUUCCGGAUUAGACAAGAUCUAGCAAAUAACCAGUGUGUAGUUGUAUGUGAGAUUUUGUAAAAUAUAGAUAGGACGUAUGUAGGUAGCGGGACUCCAUCUCUGACCUCUAAUCAUAGACUAAUUGCACUUUUUUUCUCUUUGUUUAAAUGUAAAUGUUCAUUCUCAUAAUGUAGCUCCUGUUCUCACUUUUUUUGUGUGUGUAUGUGUUAGAUGGGCGUUUCGCCGUGUUUGAAGUGAAUGCUGACAUUAAGAUCAUGCUGCUUUAUUUACACGUUCUUUUCUCCUGUUUUGCUGCAAAAAAGUGUAUUUAAAAUGCACUACGUAAAAACCUUGUAUUUUUAGACAGAUGGCUUUGAGCAAAAAAAAAGAAGAAACACAGGUAAUACAUUAUUACAACCCUGUUCCCUAAAAAGUUGGGCUGCUAUGCAGAAUGCAGUAUAUUGCGAUAAACCUAUAUUUAAUUGAAAAUAGUGCAAAGACGUUAUCGGAUGGUGUAUUUUGAAACUGAUGCCAGCAACACAGUUCAAAUAAGCUUUAAAUAUUUUUUUACUUCAUAAUGACGGGUGUGGACGCCGCGCAGGACAGUUUAGCACCUGCGCUCUUUCUUUGGAGCCACGCUGUUAGAUUACAUGCGGAAUAUGGUUUGGCAUUGUUUUGCUGAAAUAAGCAAGACCUUUCUCAAAAAGAAGUUAUUUGAAUGGCAGCAUAUGUAGCUCCAAAACUUAUAUAUCACUGAGCAGUAAUGGGACCGUGACAGAAGUGCAAAUUGGCCGUGCGGUGUGCACUAAGGCAACCUCAUAUAAACUGGCUUUUGAACUGUGCACUCAUAAGAAGUUGAAUACUCCCUCUCCUUUUUAGCCCGGGGAACACAUUGUCCAUGAUGUCAGAGAUAAAUUACAGAUUUUGAUUGGUGAGACCGCAGGACAGUUUUCCACUUCACUUCAGCCCGUUUCAAAUGAGCUUGACCCAGACAGCUGCAUUUCUGGAUAUUGUUUAUAUAGUUUUUAUUUUCCUCCCGCUCGAUAUUAAGCAGGAGGAUACUGUCCUCAUACCGUCCGUCUAUCUGUGAGGUUUUACCUUCAAAGAUGUGCAACAGGAUAUUCAUAUUCCUGGAUGUUUUGUACACUUUGGCUGUAUUUGUCUGAAGUGGAGAGUAAACAACAUAGAGCAUUUCAGGCCUCCAAAUUAGGGCAAAAUAGUUUUGCAGACAGUAAAAUGUCUGCUGAAAGGUUAACUGUUAUGGGGCUGUAAUGUUACCAGGACUUCUAAAUUUAUUUUAUAUUUUCAUUAUUAUUUUUCUUUGAAUGCCUUAAUUUUAACUUGCUAUUGUGGGCAUUAGCAUUACUCGACUUCUCCACCAUCCCAGCUGAUUUGAAACGUGUCGCUGACAUCGAAAAAUGAACGUAUAUUUUCAAAAAAACAAAAACAAAAAUUAAACAAAUCUCAGAUUUGACAUUUGUUAUAUUGUCUUUGUGAUAUUUUAAACUAAAUAUAGGGCUUUAAUUUUUUUUUUUUUAAAUCAUUGCAUUCUGUUUUUAUUAAAUUCUGUACAAGAUCCAGACGUGAUCCCUGCUGCCGUUACUGUCUCCUUGUAUCCUGCUGAACUGCCCUUGAGCAAGACAUCACAUCUUUAUCGGCUCACUCGUUUGACAUUCUGCAUAAGAACAAAUGCUUAUAAUAUAAUGUAAAUACGUGUUUCCGUGUUAAAAACGUGAUUAAUCACACUCUUGAAUCAACCUGAGACAAACGCUUUAUAAUCUGGUGAAGUAACACUAUAGCGCCGUGUAUUUUUCUUGCAUCAUCUACUUUAGUGGAUCCAGUUUUUUUUUUUUAAUCUGGAUUAUCCUGCAUUAAGCAUUUGAGUGAGAAUAAGAAGGGAAUCUUGUCAGGAAAAUCAAGUGGAAAGAUCAGAAGAAUAUGGUACACAACUCUAUGACAAAACAGACUAACAACCUUAUAAGACAUUUACUGUAUAUUUGAAUCCAAUGGCUGAGAUCUGUCCAAUCUGUAUAUAUUUGUGUCGUAUGUUUUGUGUGUUGGUUUGUAUAUUCCAUUUGUUAAAUCUAAGAUAAUCUGUUUGUGUGUGUUAACGACACUUGGCCACAUAACAUCAUAGGUUUUGAGGGAAUUAAGUACAUAUGCAACAUAGUCGCAGCUGUCAUAUACUAUUGUAGUUAUGCAUGAGCAGUACACAAGAUGCAGGACUUUGCUUUCAUUUACAAGGAGAAUCACACUUGUAACAGUUAUAUUAUAUAGCAUUUUCAGUUGAAAUCAUAAUCAAGGUACCAUAGAAAUCCUGCCAGCUGUCUUU